GAGGAGGAUGAAGAGGAGGAGGCCCUGGCCUUGUUUGGAUGGAGGAUGGAUAGAGAAGGUGGAGGUUUGAUAAACUGCGAGGCAGCUCCUCAUACUCUCACUUCUGUCCUGCUCUGACUCCCACAUCAUCCCAGCAGGUCCUGCAGUGCCACGUGCGAGUCGCUCUUGUAGGUCUGCAGCUUGUCCACAGCGCCCCCUGCAGUCAUGUGUGAUGAUGAAGAGAGCACCGCUCUGGUCUGUGAUAAUGGAUCUGGUCUGUGUAAGGCCGGAUUCGCUGGAGACGACGCUCCCAGAGCUGUCUUCCCCUCCAUCGUGGGCCGGCCCAGGCACCAGGGAGUGAUGGUGGGAAUGGGACAGAAGGACAGCUAUGUGGGAGACGAGGCUCAAAGCAAGAGAGGAAUCCUCACCCUGAAGUAUCCCAUCGAACAUGGAAUCAUCACCAACUGGGACGACAUGGAGAAGAUCUGGCAUCACUCAUUCUACAACGAACUGCGAGUGGCUCCAGAAGAACAUCCCACCCUGCUGACCGAGGCUCCGCUCAACCCCAAAGCCAACCGAGAGAAGAUGACUCAGAUCAUGUUCGAGACUUUUAAUGUUCCUGCCAUGUACGUGGCCAUCCAGGCAGUCCUGUCGCUGUAUGCCUCUGGACGCACCACAGGUAUUGUCCUGGACUCAGGUGAUGGUGUCACCCACAACGUCCCAAUCUAUGAGGGCUACGCACUCCCGCAUGCCAUCAUGAGGUUGGACCUGGCUGGCCGUGACCUCACAGACUACCUCAUGAAGAUCCUAACUGAGCGAGGCUACAGCUUUGUUACCACAGCUGAGAGGGAGAUCGUGCGCGACAUUAAGGAGAAGCUGUGCUACGUGGCUUUGGACUUCGAGAAUGAGAUGGCGACAGCGGCUACUUCUUCUUCUCUGGAGAAGAGCUAUGAGCUUCCUGACGGUCAGGUGAUCACCAUCGGCAAUGAGAGGUUUCGCUGCCCAGAGACACUCUUCCAGCCAUCCUUCAUUGGUAUGGAGUCAGCUGGAAUCCAUGAGACAACCUACAACAGUAUCAUGAAGUGUGAUAUUGACAUUCGUAAAGACUUGUAUGCCAACAAUGUGCUGUCAGGCGGAACCACCAUGUACCCUGGCAUUGCUGAUAGGAUGCAAAAGGAGAUCACAGCACUAGCUCCCAGCACUAUGAAAAUAAAGAUCAUCGCCCCUCCUGAGAGGAAGUACUCUGUGUGGAUCGGCGGUUCCAUCCUGGCCUCCCUUUCCACCUUCCAGCAGAUGUGGAUCAGUAAGCAGGAGUACGACGAGGCUGGACCCUCCAUUGUCCACCGCAAGUGCUUCUAAAGAACCCACCCCCUUCUCCAGGUCUAUGUGCUUUGCAGCCUCCCCGCUGUUUCCAGCUUCAGCACUGUCUUUAUUUUAACCUGCACUGAGCACCAGUUACUACCCCCAAGGACCAGCAGCAGGAGCUCCUGACAGAAAGAGGUUGAGAGAUGCUGAAAGCUCCUGGCUGGGUCAGCAGUUAAUAGGGAAUUGAUGUUGGGUUUAAUGUUGGACUUUUUUCGUCAAAUUAGUAAAAAUACCCCCAUCUGCUCACCUUCAAACUGUGAAUCUGCUAUUUUGCCCUCCCUCUGCAACACCGUCCCUCACUCCAGUUGUGGCCCACCCAUUCCUCCUCCAUGUUGAUUCUGUUUUUGUUUAGAAAUAAAGCUUGACUGUUACCAGGGAGCAGAGCACACAUGCACUGCAUUACGAUGUCACAGUGUGUACGACAGGUGAUCAGGAGGCGUGGCCUCACUUAUGGUGAGUAAGCACCGUGGGCAUGACCGUCCAGAAAGAAAUAAAGAGCUCCAAUAAAACACAAA